GUACCUUGGCCACAAUGAAUACCCUCAGUGUGCAAGUCAUGUCAGACCUGCACCCAAAAUACAGCGACCUCGAUGUCCCUGUCACGGCUCCAUACCUCGCAUUCCUCGGCAACGUCGGUCAAGUCGACCGACGAAGGAUUUUCCUACAUCGAGAGAUCGAUAUCUUCACUUUCUUUGAGAACCAGCUCCGACGCUACGAGAUUGUCUUCUUUGUCCUUGGCGUCCGAGAGACCCAGGACAUGGACUACAACACCGCAAAGGAAACAAUUCGUGCAUUCGAAACAAGGAUCAACGAGCAGCCCGGGCUAGGCAAAUUCGUCUAUCUCGAUCAAACCAGAUACGACAUCUCCCCAGAUACCACCGUCCUCGGAUGUACUCUGCACUCGCACAUUUCUGCCGAGUCAAAGCCCAGUAUUGAGGAAUUCUGGCAGUUCAGUGUUGGCAACAGGGAGCGAUCGAUCGAUGACCACAAUGCCGGGCAUGACUCCGACGUCGCCUGGCUGAAUCAACAGGUCGCCCACAUGGCGGCGCACGAACCGCACCGGAAGGUUGUUAUCUUCACGCAUCACAGUCCCACCGUCGAUCGGCGGGCUACUACGAUCCCAUUGCCUCAUUGGAGCGAGGUCUCGACCACUGACUUGAGCAAGGAAGUUUGUUGGACGUCUCCGACGGUCCGGAUGUGGGCUUUUGCUUGUAUUCAGGUUAAUUGUGACUUGACGCUUGAUGGCAAAAAGCUUGUUACGAAUAAGCAGGUGGGAGUCCGUGCUGAUGAGUUCGAUCCUGGGAAGAGUUGGUCGUUGUCGUUCUUGGACUGAUAUUGCCAGCAAUGGACUGUCUACCGUAUCCAGGUGAAAGUAC